AUGUUGUAUAUAUAUCGCUGUCACCUUACGGUCACCAUCAUUCGCUCCGGUGCUUCAAGUGAGACGGGCCAAGGUGCUUAUUGGCUGAGACCUUCCGACCGAAGAGACGCUUCAACUUUGAAAAUGUGCCGCAUUCUGAAGCUGGUAAAGAGGGACAUGCGAAUGCUGUACAGCCGAUUUAUUCAGCAAGACGAGCUGUUGAAGGACGUGAAGGGAAAAGUGACCGACAUGCUGCUGGGUCGCUUGGACCUGACGCCUCUCAAGUCGACGAGCCAGUUGACGCCUGAGAUUUUCGCAAGUCGAACGCGAGAGUUCACCGCUUUCCAGCCGGUGCCUCAGCGCUCCGGCGCAGCUGCUCCUUUCCGCUCGUUGUUUCUGCAAAACAGAGUAACGAGUUUUCCACCGGGGACACUAACCGAGAGAAAGUGCCUAGAAUUGGAAGUAAAAAAGAAAAGAGGCGACAGCAGCGGCCAGCGCUCCGCAGGAGCCAAUCCGAGUGAAGAAAGAGGCAAAUUGCGCCGCCGGUAUUGCAGCCGUCCGUCGCCGUUUGUGCAGAGGCGUCGGCGCCGCCGCGCCGCGCCGUCUGGCGGUAAUUGCGCGCCUCCUUUGUGCGCGAACGGGGCUAAUCCGGGCGUUGUCCGCGCAGCCGCCGCCCUCAUGACCGAUAACUGCCUGAUAGACUGCGGUGGCUGUGGAGAGGUGCUAACGGGUAAAGGUGUACAAGGACGAGGUGGAGGAGCUUGUGCAGGGUCGCAGCUGCCCUCUGCAAGAGGCUCUCGAGGCGGCUUGAUCCGUUUGAAGUGUGUCGUGGGCGCGCAGUUUCAGCACCGGCUGCCGCUGCCCGCGCCUCCAUUGCGGCCCAGCGAGCGCCGUAAAACAGGGGAUAAAUCUCUGCCUACUGGGACUCGCUGGAGCUCGCAAAUGUGCGACGUAUUCAACGCAGCCACUUACUGA